CCUCAGCCCAUGACUCCGCCAGCCACGCCACUCUAGGCUGAGUGUUAGCCAUGACGAUGCAAUCCAGCGCACAUCCAGGCAUCGCUCUCAGUGCGCACUCAGGUGCUUCACCUUUGACAUGACUAAUGCGGCGCGACGCCCUAAUGACACAAAUGCACUAAAUGGGCCGCACGAUUUGCGUCCAACGGGGGCACUUAUCUAAUCUGAUGGCUGUUUGCUCAUUCUGCUCUUCUUUUCCGCUGACCUGGGAGGAAAAGGUUGACAGCUGGACGUAUAUAAGGUCAGGGCGACUGGUGUUCAUCCUCAGCCUUCUCCAUCGCCAUCUGCAUCUCCAUCUUCACCCAGAAGAACACCUCCAUCUCCAACUCCCUCGCAGCCCACCGUUGCCAUGGCUCUCUGGCUCCAAACAGCUGCUCUGCUUGUCGUGGUGGCUCUGUCAACCACGGGCACUGAUGCCGCCACCGCCCAACACCUGUGCGGGUCGCACCUGGUGGAUGCACUGUACCUGGUGUGCGCAGACGAGGGCUUCGUCUACAAGCCUACAAAGAGAGCUGUGGACCCCCUCCAGGGAUUCCUGCCUCCAAAAUCUGGCCAGGAGAAUGAGGUGGGAGAAACCAUUGUCUCGAGGAGGGGGGUUAUGGGAGAUGGAAUUGUGCAGCAGUGCUGUCACAAACCCUGCAGCAUCUUCGAGCUUCAAAAGUACUGCAGCUCGUUCCACAACUGAAUCCCCCUGAGCAAGGAGAAGCACGCGAUGAAAAAGAAGAGUGCGAAUGGCCUUUUCACUAAAAAUUGCCUUUUCAAUGGGAGCUUGAGUCAUUAGAAAAACUAUGCCUGCCAUUUAAUAAAGCUUUUUGUUAUUGAUCAUUUCA